CUUGAUUUUAGGAUAGUAAUGAAUUUCAAUUUUCGAAUUUGCCCCAAAGUGGGAAUGUGAUGUAUGUUUAGCGCUCGCCAUUAAUUUUGUGGGCGUGCCAUGUUGUGCACAACUUCAGAGUUUACGCCUUAGCACUCGAGUGCUUUCAGUCACGCUUCCCCAUUCACCUCUUGAGGCAUCUUGGUUCAGAAUAAAAGGGGACCUUUCUCCUUCGUGCAAACCUUCUGUCGCCUUACUCAAUUGCUCAAGCUUGCGCCCAUAGUUGCAACCCCCAGAAGAAGAAAGGUCUCAGCACAACUUUUUACUUUUUAUUGCUCACGUCAGUUUCCAUGUCUUCGUCUAAUCCUAUUCCGCUUCUUACCGUCUUCCUGAUGAUGAGAUGUCUGGUUCCAACAGACCCCGGAUUCCCGUGGACUAAUUUUUAUUAUUUCACCCGCAGGGCCCCAACAGCCGCCAUCUGGGAUUCCGAGUUUGAAGAGGCAGUUCCCCUCGCCGACCCUAGUGUUGUCUGUUCUCGCCCUACUCCAAGCGGAACCCCCUACUCCUUCCCAUUUCGAGGUUCAUCUUGCUAGUUUAGAAGUGGACCUUCGUUUUCCCCUCCAUCCUGCUCUUCUGACUAUAAUGGAUCAUUUUGGGGUCAUUCCUGAUCAGUUUACUUCCACCACACAUUUGUUCAUAGCUACAUUUAUUGCCUGAUGUCUCUCCCUGCAGACCAGGCCUACAUUGGAUAUGUUUAACGUUCUUCCAUACUGUGGCUCCUAUACCCAAGACUUAUUUUCAAUUUCCUAGAGGGCAGACCACCGCCUCUUCGCUGCUAAAUCUUAUCAUGAUUCUUUUAUGAAUUGGAGGUAGACAUGCGUAUGGAUCUCCCCCUUGAAGGGUAAACUACCAUUUGUACGUAAACAAGUGGGGAGAGCUGAUACAGAGAUGGACUAUGCCGAUUUUCACUGAGGGAAACGAGUACGCCGCCAAACUUAUUAUUGAUGGUGCACCCUUCCUUAUGGGCCAUUACAUAGGUGAGGAUGAUAUGAUUGUCCUUGAAUAUACCCCAGGCGGUAGGGAGCCAAAUCCGAAGAAGAAGGGUGAUAGUUAUAACAUUAGUUCAGUAGUGACGGGCGGCGGAGGCAAAGGCAGUGAUGAAGAUGGUGGCGGCCUGGCAGUAUCUAGAAGUGGCAUUUGGUGGCGGCACCUGCGGCCGGUGGCAGCUGGCAGAAAUUGCUGGUGCAAGCAAUAGGUGGUGUCGGCGCAAGAGAACUCAUCUGUUAUGGAUGGUGGAUAUGUGCAACAAACAUAUUUUAAUUUUAAGUUAAUUAGUUGAUAUUUUUAAUAAAGAAAUUAGGAUUUUUGAUAUUUCUACUCCUAUGGAAUUAUGCGGAACAUUGAAUUCCUGCAGUUUUAUUAGUCGUUGCAGAAUUUACUCAAGAGAAAAAAUAGGGGAACAAAUAUAAUUGAUUAGGCGGAUUGUAAGCCUAGGCGACACAUCUGGGUGACAGGAGGAGCGUCCCAAGAAGCCGACUUGAAUCUCAUUGCCUUGAAAUCGUUGACGCACUGCUUCACUCUCAUCUUCGUCACCCGCUUCCUGACUGCCGCCAGCUUCUUGCCGGCGACCUGGUCAAAGAUGCUCUC